AUGAGCUCAGAACCAGUAAAAAUUCCCCUACCGUCAAGUCCAGUCGUAGCUACAACGAGUUGGUUACCAUGGGAUUCUGGGUUGGGGAGUGCUGUUUGGUUGUGUGCUUUGGCGAAUUUCAUCAAUAGUGCUGAUCGAGUGAUUAUGCCGAUCGCCAUCGGAGGUCUAUCUUCGGAUUACGAAUACAGUUUAGUUCAACAAGGAUGGAUUCUGAGUGCAUUUCCAGCUGGUUAUAUUAGUUCGCAGAUAAUCGGAAGUUGUGCAGGUUCACAACUCGGUGGUCGUCGUCUCCUAUUGGGUGUGGUACUUCUGUGGUCGUUGAGUACAUUGCUGACACCCUUUGUGGCAUCAUCGUUUUAUAUGCUCAUUUUCACGCGGAUCGUUUUGGGCUUAGGUGAAGGUCUUGGUCUGCCAACAAUGUAUCAUAUUUUGGCCGAGUCGGCACCACCUCGGCAACGAUCCGCAACAUUCGCGUAUCUAUCGGCAGCUGGCUCUAUCGGUCAAACAGUUGCUUCACUGAUUUGUCCACAUCUUGCGUGGGAAAUGUGUUUUUACGUGUUCGGUAUAAUGGGUUUAUACUGGUGUAUUUUGUGGUUACGUUCGAAUGUUGGUGUGAAACCGUUAACGAGUUCUGAUCAAAUGCUACUUUUUCAAAAGAUGCGUAAUCCACUGCGCUCAUGGGAUCGUUUCAUUUGUCUGUCACCAUUGCUGGCCAUAUAUUUCGCUCAUUUUUGUAUGAAUUGGACAGCGUAU